AAAGGAGGGAGCCGGCCGGCUAAUUUCUUGCGCGACGCGUACUCGGGCGCGUCACGUCAGGCGAUCCUGUUCCCGUCCCAGCGCCGGCGGGACAGACAUUUGAAAAUGUCAACAUUUCAUGGGAGACUGCGGAGGGAGGGCCCGAGAGCCUUUGUCAAAAAGUCUUUGAGGGGGACCUCGCGAUUGCAACGAGUCAGCUUGUCCUCGGAGUCCAAGUCCGCAGCGGAGCCGUCGCCGCAAUUGGUUCCCACUUAAACGAGCGUCUAACGUGACCCGUCACGUGUUUCGAAGGUGGGACGGAAGCGAAACCGUCCAACCUCACCAAAGCAGGCGUUCGCUGGAACCUUUCCAACAGACGCUGAGGUCAACGCCGCCGCACGCCUCGCUUACGCAGAAGGGCGCCGGCCGACUCCCUGGGGCGAAUGCCGCGGUGUACCAUUGAAGCCAGAGAACCGGUUGGGGAGCGUCUCGGAGGGAUCCUUUUGGGACAUUCCGCGCCAGUCCGGCAAAGAAAGCCAAACCGUACGGAAACGGACUUGGCCGCCAACGGCGGAGCGUGGGUCACCCCACCUCUUCACUCGCAAUCGCUUCAAACAUUUCAAAAGUAGAAGCGCAAACGACUGUUAUGCAAGCGCUUUGCGGAUCGAAAUUCCGAAUUUCAUAAGAGCGGACGGGAUCCUAUUGGGCCGUCUCCGUCCCGGCCAGCGCCUCUCCCGUCGGGCGCGAAGCGAGACCGUCGGCCGACGUUCGGCCUCCGGUUGCGCUGGGCCGACUUUUGGAGCGAUUAUCGCAGGACGCCUCACCGUCAACCGCUAAGUCAACCGCUGACCCCCUUUGCGCUUUGGCCGUUGCACUGGGCCGACGUGGUCUAAAUGCCGGAAGACUCCGUCCGGAUCCUCGGCCGCAGCGCCCGUUCCCCGUCAAUCGACGACCGUUGUUCAUGCUCGACGCGUGCGCGAGUGUUUGUUUGGUUUCCGCGCUUGGCCCCUAAAGCUGAUUCUGAUGAAAGAACUCGGGACAGAGGAGCCGAAGUUUGAAGCCGCCCACAGCGAGCAAGAAUUUCGGAGCGGACCUAAAAUCAACUUCUGAGGAACACUCGGUGGCAAAGCUUUCAUUUCGAGGACAGCGUCGAGCCCGUUUGUCUGCUUUUCCAAGCCUUCCCUUGCACCCUUCCGUUUCUUCUUCGGGAGGUCCAAACGCCUUCUCUACCGGGUUAGUUCAUGUCCGGUGAUGGACUUGCCCUGUCGAAGACAAACCGACAAAGUCCUUUGUUAUGUUUUUUUUUGUUGUUGUUUUUGUUUUACAUGAUGGAACUUCUCCCGAUGAACGCUUUUCAAUAUUGAACGUGUCGGAUCUUCACCAGCGAAAACCUUCGCAUGUGAAGGAGAAAGCCGAGACGUGAAACGGAAUGCGGCCGAUCAAGCAGGGAACACGUUGCGGAACGAGGAAGCGGGCGAAAAUAAAGCAGCAAACACAAAGGAGAACAACCCGAGCCGUUAGCCUAAUUGGACAAAUCCUUCAGUAGACUCAAACGUUUGCUUUCAAGCGGUCUCUAGGAUUUUUCACUCUGGUUUUAUUUUGUUGGGGCUCCCCCCCUCCUCCUGUUCUGCUCUUUGGUCAAGCAGAAAGAAAGAAAGAAAGAAAGAAAGAAAGAAAGAAAGAAAGAUCUGUUUCUAUUGCAUGCCGGAACAGUUUUGUGGUUUUACUGGGGACUUUUUAAGAUGCCGCUGCGCUUUCUUUACACUCUGACGGCUACUGACUGAGAAUUUGUCGUCCAGCCAAACAGGACAAAGUUUUGAAAGCAGAGUGACAUCAAAAAAACAAAAACAAAAACAAAAAAACAAAACAAAGGAUAGUUCCUAGACAAUGAAAUAGGAAAAGAAGACAACAACAGACCAAAGGCCAGCUGUUAACAAGCUGCGGAAAAUAAAGCAUUGCGUAACUACGACGACGACGACGACGACGGACUUGAGUCUUGAUUGGCUUCGUGGUGCGCAGGACAAUAUCGAAUAGGACAGGACUGCAGAGGACCGGGGUGGCGAAACUGAAGUGUGCUGGCCGUUUACUAUGUCAAUUCCAAAGGACACCGAAGAAAUUCCCAACCAAACACCCCGCGAAUACGUCCCCAGGGCUGCGCGUGGACAGACAUUAGCGAUCGAGUGGCCUGCGACCUGCAAAUCCGCUCGAGGGGCGGGCCCGAGGUCAGGAAUCUCCUCGGCAGCGUGACCUCCGCCGGGCCCCACCGCGGCGCCCCAAGACCGGCCGCCUCGAGGAGGCCACGAGGACCCGGGGCCACCCCGCCCUAAAAAUCGUCCCCAGAUCACCAGUGUACACGUCAUGUUUCUUCUUUGCGGGAGAACGUGAGAUUUUGGUGAUGGGCGACUUGUUUCUAGACCGCCGGGGUCUGUCUGGGAUUAUCGGAGCAAAAGGGUUCAAUUCUGGGUUUGAGUUUUUUGGAAAUCAUCUUCACGCGUGAGGUCUGCAAAAGAUCAACAGUUUUUAACGUGGGGGGAAAAAAACCCAAUCCUUACGGGCCCGCGCAGCAGGCCUUACCCGGAUUCGAACUAAAAGUCUGAAUACGCGCAAAAGCCGGAAAUGGAAAAUGUAGCAAAAUGCGCCCGCAAACAUUUGUACCCGUUUUUAGCUGUCGUCAAAGCGAGUGUAACGAGAUCCGCGAGAGAACGGAACACGGACUUUAUUCAUCGGCUCGGCUAAGGAAACAACCACAUUUGGUGUGAUAGAGCGAGCAGGAAGGCAUCAUCAUGAUCAAAACUUUUGUUUUUCUACUCCUAUUUCUUGGAACAACCACUCAGGUAAUUCAACACCGUAGCAGUGGAAGAAAACUCCUCCAGGUCACAGACACCAGUACCACGAUGGACCCCUCGGCUACCGACGCCUCGGCCAGCGACACCUCGGCCACAGACGCCUCGGCCAGCGACACCUCGGCCACCGACGCCUCGGCCAGCGACACCUCGGCCACAGACGCCUCGGCCAGCGACACCUCGGCCACCGACGCCUCGGCCAGCGACACCUCGGCUACCGGCGCCUCGGCCAGCGACACCUCGGCCACAGACACCUCGGCCAGCGACGCCUCGGCCACCGACGCCUCGGCCAGCGACACCUCGGCUACCGACGCCUCGGCCAGCGACACCUCGGCUACCGACACCUCGGCCAGCGACACCUCGACCGCCGACACCUCGACCGCCGACACCUCGACCGCCGACACCUCGACCGCCGACACCUCGACUGCCGACACCUCAACCGCCGACACCUCGACCGCCGACACCACGACCGCCGACACCUCGGCCACCGACACCUCGACCACCGACACCUCGACCACCGACACCACGACCGCCGACACCACGACCACAGAUGAAACCCCGGUGACUGAAUCGAUACCUGAAGUGGCAGUCCGAAGAUCAGGAGAGACAGCCGUGGCGGCAUCCGCGACCGCUGCAUCGGCGGCAGCGUCGUUGGCAAGCUCAGCUACGGCGGUAACCGCCGCAGUUUCAGGAGGAUCCCCGGAAGCGGAAGCAGCUGCAGAAGAUGCUUCGUCUGCCGCAGAAGAGGCAGCCACUGCUGCGUCCUCUUUUCUACAGGGCUCAAUAAGUGCACCGGCGGCGGCGGCGGCGGCGGCGGCGGACAACGCGGCGGACGCCUCUGAAAUCGCCGCGCAAAGAGCAGCAGAAGCUGCGGCGGGCGCGAGCGGCGACAUGGCCUCGUUCGCGCAAGAACUCUCCGCAGCGGCACAAAAUGCCGCCGUCAUAGCGAGAUCGGCCGCAACAACGUCGGCCUUGGCGGCGGGUGGAGUUUCUGCCGAGAACGCGACAGAUGUCAUCGACGCUGCAAGAAGAGCAAACGAAGAGGCCGAGAUGGCCGCUCAAGGGCUCCGAGUUUUGCUCAAUUCCGAAGAUCUACCGCCAGACGUCGAGGCCAGCGUGAUGGAAGCCAUACGGGCGGCUGAGAGCUCAGCCGAGUUGGCGGAACAAACGGCCGCUCAGGCUCAAGACGCUCUCGACACGGCGGCUCAAGCUGCGGCGGCGGCGGCGGGACCGACUUCAGGAGAAGCGGAGGCUGAGCUUGCUGGCGAAUUAGCUAUUGCACAAGUCCAAAAUGCGGCACAAAGCGCGAAUGCAGCUGCGGCGAUGGCAGCAGACGCGGCGGGAGCGCCCUCGGCAGAUGUCCAAGCUUCAAGAGCGGCCUCCCUCGCGGGCGUGAUAACCUCGUUCACGGCUUCAGUGGGGGAAGUCGCGGGAGUCGAUCGUGACCUCACCGACGCCGCCUUGGAUAGCGCGACCGCGGCAAACGAGGCGGCUUUGUUAGUUGCAAAUGGAGAGGCGGAGCCGCAGGUGGCUCGAGAUGCCGCGGCCAGAGCGGCCGAGGCGGCGGAAGCGGUGGCAACCGCGGCGCAAAACGCGUCGCCAGAGGGGCUCGGUGAGGAUUUGGCACAGAUCUCAUCCGACGCGGCGGCUUUAGCCACACAAGCGGCCACGGCAGGAUCGGAGGAAUUUUCUUCCGUUGCGGAAGAAUUUGCGACACUAUCAAGGAACGCUUCAGAACUAUUCGCCAGUCAGGCGCCAUCCACGCUAACAGCCGAGAUGGCUGCAGCCCUUCAGGAAGCAGAAGAGGUCGCCUUGCUAGCAGAAGCCGCUGCAGUCAUAGCAGGAACCGCGGACGAUCCCGAAGGCGCGCAAGCGUUAGCGAGGUCCGCAAUGGCGACAACAGGAGCAGCGAGGGAGAUGAUGGAAAACCUUCCCGAAGAAGGCGCACUAACCUUGGCACAAAGGUCACUAGCGGCCAGUUUGACGGCCUCAGCCGCGGCAGUAACCGCCACCACCGCGGCCGCGGCGGCCGCCGUCGGCGCCGGAACGGCGGCCGGGACCGCGUUGACCGCCGCAGAGGGAGCGGCGGACGCCGCCACAUCCCUGAGCAACGAUGACGAUUCCAGUAGCGUCGGCGCGACGGUGGAUGCCGGACUGGCGGCGUCCCGCGAAGCCAACAACGCAGCCGACGCAGCCGUGACGGCGUCGCAGUCCGGAUCGGCCGGCGACGUGCAGAUCGCGAGCCUGGCGAUGGAGGCGGCCGGACUCGCUUCCAGGCUAACGGGAGCGGCGCAAAGCGUGGCCUCCGACGCGGCGACGGCGCAAACCCUGAUGGAUGCCUCCCAAGUGGCCACAGAGGUCAACGCCGACUUGCUAGAUUUGGUGGCCAGUCUGCGAGACUUGCUGGAAGAUGAAUCGCAGGAAGACUUUGGGGAGCUCGUGGAUCAGCUGGGGAUCCUGAGCGCGGCGUCCACUGCGCAGGUGGCCACCGACACUACCAGACAGGUCGCGGAUCUCGCCGUGAGGACCAACACGCCGGGCCAGUCCUUCGUCGCCGACACAGCCGCGAUGCAAACUCUGGCGACGGUGGCGGCUUCCAGCGCAAACAUCGCGGUGAGGGCGGCAAACGCGUCGCUGGCCACGGCCACGCAAACAAACGGGGCCGAGGUCCGGAUGCUCUCCUUCUCCGCCGCGCUCGGCGCCGCCGUGCUGGCGCUGAGAUUGUGAAGCGCGCUUUAAAUCGAGGACUUGUGAAUUGAACAGACGCGUGUAUUUAUCCUUGUAUUAUAGUCUUUGUCGAAUGUCCCACCGGCAAAAGGAAAACAAUGACGGCGUGAAUUGCUUUGACGUCAGACGAAAUCCGAACUCAACGAGCCGUGGAUUUGACCGCCCUCACGCGCUUCUCAAGGAGGAAAUGACCGCGCGGGGCCGCAAAUCCUCCUCGCCGAAUUGACGGAUGAAUGCUUGUCUUCAUUUUUCCGGUUGC